AUGUCAAAUAAUUCGCGUCAAAGCAUUUCUGAAUCACCCGCUCGUGCUGGUGGGGAGAGUAAUAACCUACAAUCGCAAAAUAAUUUAAAACCUGUUCAAGUAAAAUUAGUUCUUCUCGGCGAAGCUGCCGUAGGCAAAUCUAGCCUGGUACUCAGAUUCGUCAAUAACGACUUCCAAGAAAAUAAAGAACCAACCAUUGGUGCGGCCUUCUUAACGCAAAAAUGUCGUUUGGAAGACAAAGUAAUUAAAUUUGAGAUUUGGGAUACAGCUGGUCAAGAGAGAUUUCAUUCUUUGGCUCCAAUGUAUUAUCGAAAUGCCCAGGCAGCUGUCGUUGUCUAUGAUGUCACAAAAUCUCAAUCGCUUGAAAAAGCUAAAUCUUGGGUAAAAGAGCUUCAACGUCAGGCAAAUCCUAAUAUUGUCAUUGCUCUUGCAGGUAACAAAAUAGAUCUUGUUCAACCCGAAGAAGGCGAAGAAGAAUCUCCAGAAAGUGGGAGACAAGUUCCUACUGAUGAAGCUAAAGCCUAUGCUGCCGAAGCAGGCUUGCUAUUUUUCGAGACUUCGGCAAAGAAAGGUGAUGGUGUUCGGGACGUUUUCACGGAAAUCGCUAAAAAAAUUCCGCUUGAGCUCAUGAUGUCCCCUCGCCCACGUCAAAUUGUUAACGGAGGACCAAGUCCACUUCCUGGUCUACCAAGGGUGAAUGGGCAAAAUCCCGGUCAAAGUUCUGGAUGUUCUUGUUAA